CUACUUGCUUCUUGCAACUAUGGAGCGUUAUGAGAUUAUCAAAGAUAUUGGGUCUGGGAAUUUUGGGGUCGCCAAGUUGGUCAUAGAUAGAUGUACUAAAGAGCUCUUUGCUGUUAAGUUUAUUGAGAGAGGCUUAAAGAUUGAUGAACACGUGCAAAGGGAAAUCAUGAACCACAGAUCAUUGAAGCAUCCUAAUAUAGUUAGAUUCAAAGAGGUCCUGUUAACACCUACUCAUCUAGCCAUAGUCAUGGAGUAUGCUGCAGGAGGAGAACUCUUUCAGAGAAUAUGUAAUGCUGGUAGAUUUUGUGAAGAUGAGGCAAGGUUUUUCUUUCAGCAAUUGAUAUCAGGAGUUAGUUACUGUCAUUCAAUGCAAAUUUGUCAUAGGGAUCUUAAGCUUGAAAAUACACUCCUAGAUGGCAGCGCUGCACCGCGUGUCAAGAUAUGUGACUUUGGGUAUUCAAAGUCAGCUGUGUUUCAUUCUCAACCCAAAUCUACAGUAGGAACACCGGCUUACGUUGCACCUGAGAUUCUGUCCAGAAAGGAAUAUGAUGGGAAGGUUGCAGAUGUUUGGUCUUGUGGAGUUACCCUAUAUGUGAUGCUAGUUGGGGCAUAUCCCUUUGAAGACCCUGAUGAUCCCAAAAACUUCAGGAAAACAAUUGGGAGAAUACUGAGUGUCCACUAUGCAAUUCCAGAUUAUGUCCAAGUUUCUAUUGACUGCAGGCACCUCUUAUCUCGAAUAUUUGUGGCAAAUCCUGAAAAGAGAAUAACCAUCCCAGAAAUUAAAAAUCAUCCAUGGUUCUUAAAGAACUUGCCCAUGGAGCUGAUGGAAGGAGGCAGCUGGCAAAGCAAUGAUGUCAAUAACCCAUCUCAAAACAUCGGAGAAGUUCUCUCCAUUAUACAGGAGGCAAGAAAACCUGUUGAACUGCCAAAGAUUGGAGACCAUACUCUUGGAGGGAGCAUGGAUCUUGAUGAUUUAGAUGCUGGUGUUGAUUAUGAAGAUAUUGAGACUAGUGGCGAUUUCGUUUGCCCUUUAUGAGCAAACUGAAUAAAUAAAUCAUACUUUCUUGAGUUAUUGUUUCAUGAUUAUGAGCAUCAGAAUCAGAUUUCUGUUAAUGGAUGAUUUCCUUUGUGUAAUAUCUUUGUAUAGACACGUGGCGUAUCAAUCCCUUUUUGUAAAUCCUCUGAUACUUCAUAGUGCAAGCUACUUUAUAAUAUAAAAUUUUCUAUGCA